CUGGAAGUGGGUCCUCCGAGGAGUGUCCGGAUAAGGAAGCAACAGAGACCAGAACCAGAACCAGGAGCAGGACCGAGAGCAGCCAGACCUCCAGAGCUCCAGACCAAGAGACCCGAAGACACGGAGACCCGGGGACGAGACCUGCAGGGACCAGAAACAGAACCAGUUCAGACCGACCCCGCAAAGUCCGCGUUGCAACAGACUUUAUUCGGCUAACGGCUAACAGGUAGUUAGCCCGCCUGCUAACACGGAAGUUACCCUGACAGGUGAAGUCGGGCUCGAGCCGCAGGUGUGAUUUCUUCUGAGGACUCAGUCAGCAGCAGCAGAAGAAGAAGAAGAUGAGUGGAGGCGUGAACAGCAUCGAUGCAGUGAAGAAGAAGAUCAAGGUCCUGCAGGGGCAGGCGGAGGAGGCCGAGGAGCGAGCGGAGAACCUGCAGAGACAGGUGGAGGAGGAGAAGAGAAUCAGAGAACAGGCGGAGUCGGAGGUGGCGUCUCUGAGUCGUCGUCUGCAGCUCAGUGAGGACAAUCUGGAUCGAGCUCAGGAGAGACUGGCCACCGCGCUCCACAAGCUGGAGGAGGUGGAGAAGGCUGCCGACGAGAGCGAGAGAGGGAUGAAGGUGAUAGAAAACAGAGCUCUGAAGGACGAGGAGAAGAUGGAGCUGCUGGAGCUUCAGCUGAGAGAAGCCAAACAGAUCGCAGAGGAGGCCGACCGCAAAUAUGAAGAGGUGGCUCGUAAGCUGGUGAUGGUAGAAGGAGAACUGGAACGAGCUGAAGAGAGAGCUGAGCAGAGCGAGAGUAAAGUCCGGAGGUUGGAGGAGCAGUUGAGGAGUUUCGACCAGUCACUGAAGAGCCUGCAGGCCUCUGAGGACAAGUAUUCUCUGAAGGAGGACAGGUAUGAAGAGGAGAUCAAGAACCUGAGCAACAAACUGAAGGAGGCUGAAACCAGAGCAGAGUUUGCGGAGCGCACAGUGGCCAAACUGGAAAAAACCAUUGAUGGACUGGAAGACUCUCUGACUUCGGCCAGAAACGCCAACAUGGAGCUGCAGGCGACUCUGAAUCAGACCAUGGAGGAGCUCAACUCUUGCUGAACCUCCUCCCUCCUCCCCCUGCUCCUCCCUGCUCCUCCUCCCUCCUCCCCUCUGCUCCUCCCUCCUCCUCCUCUCUCAUCUCUGCUGCCUGAGUCGAUGUCGGGAACUCUGUGGCCAAAACAUUCCUUUUGCUCCUGGAUCUCCUUGCACCUCCUGCUCCUCUAAUACUUUUACUCUUCCUCCUCCACCACCUCCUCCUCCUCCUGGUGGAUGCGAGGGAGGUGUCAGGGUGGUGCAGAUUUCUCCUCUUCUCUAAAUGAUUCCUACUUUCACACAUUCCUUCUCUGAACCUUGAAGUCACAUUUGGAGUGUUGCUUUUUUUUACUCCUCCUGUCUGGCCCCCCUCCUCCUCCCUCCUCCCCCCAUCUCCUCUCUCCCCCCCUCC